AUGACUGAUUCAACGUCAAAUUCGACUAAAGAAAAUUUUUCAAAUUUUAAUCAAUCGGGACAAUUUGCACGUAGUCGUUGGUCUCAUGUACUUGCUCUUGCUGAUCAACUACGACAUAAUACUGAAAUACAAAAAGAUGAACAAUUACGACAAUAUGCAUUUGAUAUUCCAACAAAAGAUAUUCAAAUAAAAUCAAGUGUUGAUCAUGUUCAAUCAUUUGAAAAUGCACUUUUAUUUGCUAAAACUGGUAAUUUUAAUUUAGAUAAUUUAAGUGAAAAAUAUAUUGAAUUAAAACAUACAUUUAAUCAUAUGCUUGAACUUAAUAAACAUGAUAUACAACAAGUUAAAUUAGCCACAUCAAUUACAAAAACAGCUUUAUUAUUACUUCUACGUGCAAUUGAAUCUAUUGUUGAAGUUACAACAAAAGGUACAAGAAAAUAUCCAACAUUAAAUUCCCUUAUAUCAUAUAUACGUUCACGUCAAACAGAAUUACCAAUACAUGGCAAAUUACUUGUUGAUUGGUAUAGUGCUGCACAGAUACUUGAUUUACUUGUUAAUGAUCCUGAUUGGCUUGUUCAACCACGAAAAGCAUAUUGGGCUAUGCAAGUUUGUAAUGAAACAUUAGCAUGGACACGUGGAGUUUUUAAUGAAAAUUAUCGAAGAAAAUCUCUUAAACGACCAAUUUAUGAUCGAGAAGAUAGUAUUAUUGUACCUGCAUUAAAAGACAAAGAAUAA